AUGGAGGCUGUGGUGAGGACGGGCGCUACGUUCUUUGGGUAUGAGAGUUUGAACCGGGUUUCGUUCUUGCGAAAUGACGUAGAAUUCGUCAGAAAGUCGUUGCAACAUAAAUCGACCGUGUUCGUGCCAUUUGUGCAGGGGGAGGCGCUGGUACGGGGCCAGGAGGAGCCCGAGUUGUGCCUGUUGACGUUGCAGGACGGGUGGUUCCCGAUGGCGCGCGUGGUGGACAAGCUGCUGCCGGUGCUGAACUCGCAGGCAGCCAGGGUGGUGGAAUCGGGGGCGAAUCUGACGUUUCUGGGGCUCAAGAGCAGCGACGGGGACGACGUGUUCCAGUACCGGUCGAGCUACAGCGGCGUUCCGUACUACGCGGUCGAUUUCCGGACGUCGGGCGGGACGCUGAUCCAGGCGGCGGAGUUGGAGCCGCUGUUGCAGUGCGCCAGGGUCGAUCGUAAGCUGAUCUUCGAGAUGAGCAACGAGACGGCGUCGCUGUACUCGCACGCCAAGAUGUACCUCGACUGGCUCGCCAAGUACCACUUCUGUCCCGGAUGCGGGUCCGUGAUGUUCCCCGUGGAUGCCGGCACCAAGAUGCAGUGCGGCAACGCAGACCGCAGCGUCGCCUGCAACGUGCGCGACGCCGCGGUCAACAACGUCUGUUUCCCGCGUACCGAUCCCGUCGUGAUCGUGGCGAUCGCGACCAAGGACUUCAGUCGCAUCUGUCUGGCUCACUCCAAGCGCUGGGUUCACGACACCCUCUACAGCACCGUUGCGGGCUUCAUGGAGCCCGCGGAGACCGUGGAGCAGGCGUGCAGCCGCGAGAUCUGGGAGGAGACCGGCAUCAGGUGCCGCGACAUCACGCUCGUCUCGACACAACCAUGGCCGUAUCCUGCGAACCUGAUGAUCGGCUGUGUCGGGCUGGUGGAGCCCAACGGUGUCGACGAGAAGAUCAACCUUUCGCACGACAACGAGCUUAUGGAUGCCCAGUGGUUCGACGUCGAAGAGGUCAUCGAGGCGAUGGACCGCUACGACGGCUCGGGCGUCGUCAAGUUCAAGAAAUCAGAUAUUACGUUCCCGGGCUCCACCGCGAUAGCAUUCCAUCUCAUCAAGUUCGUCUGCGAUAGAUAUAAGAGAUCCCUGGGAUCGCUGUAA